AUGUCCUUCAACGCAAAGUCUGGCGGCUUUUGGUUGGGAGUUUCCCUCUCAUUGUGCGGAAGUCUUUGCAGUGCCACAGGUCUUGCCUGUCAGCGUCUCUCCCACAAGCGGAAUCAAGCGCUUCCUAUAGAACAGCAAGUGCGAUCCAGCAGACAAUGGCUGAAUCUUUUGGGGGUGUUUUUGCUGUUUGUCGAAUCUUUGUUCGACUUGACGUCCUUUGGAUUUGCACCCGCGUCCAUUCUGAGUUGUAUGGGGGCAAUGACUCUAGUGUUUAACAUGAUGCUGGCGCCGUUGAUUUGUGGGGAAAUUGUUUCCAAGCGAGACGUUGCUGUGAACGGUAUUGUGUUUAUUGGAACCAUUCUUUCUGUAUGGUUUGGUCCUCAUGCUACCCCUGAUUAUGAUCUGCCGCAGCUCAUGGGGCUAUUUCUAUCAAGAAAAUUUAUUAUCUAUGUCGUCAUUCUACUGGCUUGGAUUGGAGGCCUGCUUUAUGCUUGGUGGGCUCUUCAAGAUUUGGAGAACCCCAAGGGACGAUUUUGCAAAAUGAGUCGUCUUUCACGGACACGACUCCUCCGUUUUGCCUAUCCUGCCUUGGCCGGAUCCAUUGGGGGCAAUACCGCUGUCUAUGCCAAGGCAUCUAUUGAAUUGGUGAAGACUACUAUCAAGGGAUCGAAUCAGUUCAUUUUUGUGGGAACUUAUUUCCUAUUGUUUCUGAUGGUUGUCUGUGUGCUGGCGCAACUCAAGUUCCUGAACGGAGGUCUCAAGAGAUACGAAUCUCUUUACGUCGUUCCUGUCUAUCAAGUGUUCUGGAUUGGAUGCGGUGUCCUUGGUGCCCUCUUUUAUUUCGAUGAAGUUGCAAGCAUUUCAGGAAGAGAUUUAGGAAUGUUUGCAUUGGGUGCUGUCAUUAGUGUAUUUGGUAUCCUGUUGCACUCGACUCGCACGACACCACAAGAUCCAACCGUUGGUCCUGAAGAUCUAGAAAGUGAAAUGUUAGACGACAGCGACCGGGAGGGUAGCAAGUCGGGAGGGGAUGUUGUUACCGCGAACAUUGGUGUCAUCACCACUCCUGUCGCACAAGUUUUUGACUUUGUGACCGAAGGUUCUAACGGGAACAUUGGGGUCACCACGACGCCUGUCAUUCGAGUGUUUGACUUUAAGGCGGCGGAUGACGGGGAUGAAUACGAUUCUGAUGCUCCUGCUCCUGGGCGACGGCAGAAAGCUCCUCUUUCAACUCGCAGUAUGCCACACCCUUCCUUUCGUGACGAUUCAUUUGAUGAUAGCGCAGAUGCAGAUGAAAUUCAAGAAGACAAUUUCCGAAGUGAACCGAUGAUGAAAGUCGACUUUUCCAUUGACAACGAAGCGCCAACGUUUGAAUCUUCGGAUGACUCUGGAAUUAGCGAAAACGGACGGCCGCUCUCAAAUCCCUUCAUCAAUCGUCGCAAACGGCUCAUGACGGCCUAA